GCAGAGGAAACAACCUCUGUGGAUGAGCUCUGAUUCGAGUAAAUCUGUGUUGGAAAAGGCCAUGCCUUGAUUCUGUUUUUUGAUGAUUGCUGAAUCCGCGCCAAGAUUCCUCCAUUGCUUACUACCUAGGUAGUAAGUUUAAUAUGGCACCUGUGCGCAGAUCUGGACGUCUUAGCAACGUCAGGACCAAGUAUUCCGAGGAUCCAUUCCUGGAUGCAGGGAUAAGCGGAGGAGAGUCGGAUUCGGCAUACUUGUCAGCUUCUGAAACGAAGAAACAGAAGGGGAAGAAGAAGGCGCUACAGGUGGAUAGUUCGUCGGAUAAUGACUUCGUCGCUGUGGAACGUGACGACGACGACGAGUACAAUAGUCCCGAUGAAGUCAGCGACGAAGGGGAUGCCCCUGGUUCAGAUUCUGACGCUACUGAUGAUGAUGAUAAUGACGAUAUGAUUGAGAACGGGGGGAAGCCUUCCAUCUCGACCUCUAGAUAUCACAAGAAAAGGAAUCCGGAUAGGGCAAUUGUACUGGCAGGAACAGAUACCCAUUCGCGGGGGAUUCUAAACCCUAUGGAACAUGCCGCCAAGCCAAUCCACCUCAGGGUGACGUUUGGGACGGAUCAGCGGGAUCUGCUAGCGAUCGUAUACUCGCGGGAUCGGUGGUUUCGAGGAAUCGAUUCUGGAUUCCCAUCACGAGCAUCGCUGAAUGAGGCCAAAUCUCUCCCAGAUUACGGAUACGGUCUGACCUUCGGCCUUGGCCGCGAAGAGUGGAAGACCGACAGCACGCGGGCCUGGGACUGGUACUACCAGGAUCUAGAUAAUGGCAGACCGAGCAAGAGACAACGCCUGGAGACCAUCGCCGAAGGGGAAGCUCGACAGGCUUACCUGCCUCCACCUAAAGCGCAAAAGCAUACAGUCAUCAUUGGACCGGCUGAUGAGCAGCGUGUUUUCCGAUUAGGGCAACACGAGAGUCUAAACUUCGGUGAUGCGUGGGGGGCAAGACAGCCUCAGGCGAAAAAGUCUGGCCCUCGGGUGGAAAGCAAGUCCAGGAAAUCGUCUUCAAAAGUCGGCGGGACAGGGAGUACCCCUGUAGCUGAGAGAAAGAUACGCGAGGGCUGGAUUUUGAAUCUAGGAAGCAAAGUCCAGUGUUCAGCGUGGGUUCCAAACCAGAACGGCCUGACUCAGUUUUUAGCGGUUGUGACCCCGGUGUCUAGAGAACAAAGGAUAAAUCACUCGACAACGUCGGAGUCUAAAGCGGCUCCCGCAUUUUCGCCAUCUCUGCCAGAUCCUGCUGCUUUGCAGAUUUGGGCAUUCAAGGCCAAAGAUGACGGCUCUCUCACAAAGACUAUUGAUAUGAACUUUGAACCUCGACUGCGAUUGACACUAUGCACCGACUGGGGUGACGUCAGGCGGAUAGCAUGGUGUCCGAUGGCGCGAGAACCGCGAGAGGAAGAUGAUGAAGAUGUUUCAAAGAAUGUUGGACUUUUGGCAGGCAUUUGGGGAGAUGGGAGUGUAAGAGUCUUGGAUAUCAAAGUUAGUCGGGAUCCUCGAGGCUCUGAAUUCUACAAAGUUGCGUCUCCUAUGUUUACCGCCAAGCCCCCAUCGACUGUUUGUACUUGCGUCGCAUGGUUGUCCCCGAGCGACAUUGCUGUCGGCUGCGCCAACGGAUUUGUGGCUGUCUGGAGUAUUGCUGCGUCUCAAAAAUCGACGUCCCAUCCGGCUCCCUAUGUGUACCGCCAGUUCCAUUCGACCUACAUUCUGAACAUCGCCCCUGCCUACCCUACUCAUCCUCACCUGUUAGGGACUACCUCCAUGGAUGGAGAUACCUGUUUGACAUCGAUUCUCGAUCAUCAGGUGGACAUGGUUCAAACAACUCGAAUGCGAAUCGGUUCAUCACACAUUUCGUAUUCUCCUUUUCUUCAGUCGUUCUUUUCUAGCGAUGAGAACGAUUUUGCAAGACUUCUUGCGAUGAGACGCUUCUUUACAACCUCUGCAGUCGCACGGCUACCGAGCACCAUCUCCGCAAUGGCGCCAUGUAGCUCCUGGCAUCCAUCUGCCUUGUUGGGGUGCACUGGCGGGUCCGUCAUGGCCACUAACCCGCUACGAAGGCUGUUGCAUCCGAAAGAGAAACAGUGGCAACAGACAUGGUUCGCCCAUGAAUGGGUGCCGGGGCAUGAAGGUGAUGACGACUCUGGCGUCAGUCGGUUCCAGGACGGAUUCAAAGCGGACAACAUCAGUCUCCUCCGGAAUACGCUGGGGGAGCGGAAACUGAUUAACGGAACCUCGGUCGUCACUAUCUUCGAAGAAGGCACCCACAUCACCUCGCUGGCUUGGAAUCCCAGCCAGAUCUGCGCCGGCUGGGCUUGCGCUGGUAUGGGUUGCGGGCUCAUUCGAGUGGAGGAUCUGGCUAUAUAGUAAUUUACUCUAAUGUUCUUUGCAUACCAC